CCAUUGGUUUUCACGUGUCCUCAACCUAGUAGGAGGCAUGGCGACGGAUGAACAUGAACCACCACCAGAACGGAAGCGAAAGCUCGAAAAGAUCACCCCGACGGUCGAAGAAACCAGCCGGACCUUGUAUGUAUUGGAAGAAGGAAGGUAUGUUCCUGUAAAAAAAGGAUCCGAUGGAGGUUACGUCUCACCAUCAGCAUGUGAUUCAGAUGAGGAUGUUGAUCAGGUUCUCGAAGAAGAGUAUCAUCGCCAACUUCGCGAAUCCGAUGGAUUUGACUGUGACUUAUAUAUACCAAAUGGUUCAGUGUUGCCGUAUAAAUGUGCUGAUCAUCAUCAGGAUGUGAUUGGCAUUUGUGCUAAGGUGGGACUGCAUUGCUACAAUUUUCAAAAGGACUCAAACUUUCAGUUGUUGCGGCUAGAGAAAUAUAAUUCUAUGCUCACCGGAUUAGUGACUUACUUUAUAACUGCACACGUUAAAGAUCCAGCCACCAAUUCACCUUUUGUUUUCCAAACUUGUGUUACGCAAUCUACGUGUUACUACAACGAAGAUUAUAGAAUAGCGACUCAAACUUGUAGGAUAAAACCCGAAACUACUCAAGGUUCUGAAGUCAAGGACGAGAAUUGUCAUGGAGAUUAUGAAGCAAUUGAUGAUUUCUACAAAGACUCAGACAUUCGAGAAAAUGAUUGGCUUAACUUGUAUGCUGACUAUGCGUUUUUUACGCUGUGGGAAAACGGCUUGACAAAGCUCAAGUUUGCUACGCCUCUGGAGAUCAAGAAGGUCGUUGUACAAACUCGUGAAACCAUGAAGCCAAAGGAAAAGCUCAAGGCCGGGAAUGCAAUCUUCUACAUCAGUUUCAGGGACUGUGGUCUGACCGAAGAUCACCGAGCCGUGGUAAGAAGAACCACAGAUGGGCAUCCGGAACACCUUUUUCUUGAAGUUAAGUGUCCGGUUGCGGACUUGUCGAGCUGCUCUAUUAACUAAAUUCUUCUGCUCUAUAUACCUUACUAUUGUUCCACACAAUUUCUAUCACUGGAUUUGUAAUACAGUUUGAUAUAUAGCUUGUAAGAACAUUUUUACAUUUUGUAUUUGAUACUUAAUUAUUGCAGGAACAGAACCAAAAGCUGUACAGUGUUCCUGCAGUAUCCGCCAUGUUGCAGUCACAGAAAAUCGCUUAUACAAGUGUUGUGAACAUUGUGGGCACAAAAUUUUCUUAAAACAGUGAAAGGAAAGUUCAUUUUGGUUGGUCACUUUGGUAUAUCAUUAUAAUACAUUGAAGAUGUGUCC